AUGCGCACCAGCUGUUUUUCCGCAGCUCAAGUUCCGACCACCAGGAGACGCUGUUCAACGCACCGCGAGCCAAACCCAUCAUCAUCAUCUGGUCUGGUCUGGCCGUUCGCCAACAGCACAGCAGCAGGGUUGGGAAAUUCGGCCCCGUUAGUCUGUAGUGGAUAGCGAGACGUUACUGAUCGGCUGCCGAGCGCGUCGUAAUACGCCGAGAAGUAGGCUGUGAAAGUCAAUCGCGACCUGCCCUAAAAUCUCCACCGGAGAGGAAGAAUCGGUCCGGGGGGCGCCGCGUGCGGGUGGACAUAAAUACUUGUGGCAUUGGGUGUGUGCAGGUGUGAAAACUUUCCACCAGCGGUGUGAAGCGGGGGAAAGGCAAGAUUUUGUUUAGCCUGCUUGGAUGUGCCUGGCCGUUGUACAUUGCUUUGUGAUGUGAAUUAUGUCAAAUUAUUGUCGUUACUGGUAGGCCCCUUGUGCCGGGGUUCAUGUUUUUGUGGGGAACGUAGUCUGCGGAGAAAGCGCUUCAUUACGAUGGAUAUAUUGCGGAUUACUUCGUGCUGGAUACAGUCCCAAGGAUACGGAUAGCAAUCGAUGCAGCAUUUUCGAAGUCGUAGGCAGCAAUGAUUUUUGGCUGCUAGGCGACGGUGGAUUUACAGUUUGCUGCGAGUAUUGAUUUACGAAUGGUUCCUUCGAUGGGAAAAGCUCCGCGCAAGGAUAUAUAGGGAAGGGAAAAUGUACGUGUUGGAAAUAAGACCACCGCAGGAUGGUGAUGUAGAGUGAAACGAUUCUGAGAAGAGAAAAGAAAAUCCAGAUACCAUAAAGCAACACAGAAAAGGUUGAAAUGUUAUUGAGCGUGCCGAGAGUGGUAGGGGUCCAGGUGGGAUGAGAGAUAGUGAAGCCCUAGAGAAGCUAUGUUGUGGGAUCUUGUAGUGAUUAGUGAGAGUAAAUGAUAGAUUAAUUGCUGGAUGGGUAGUAAUCAAGCGUGAAGCAAUUGAAUUACUGCUAUCUGAUGAAAUCGUUCUAUCUCGUGUUUUGUUGGAAGUGAUGUAAGCUCAAAACAAAGAAAAAGGGAUCCAGUGAAGUUGUUGAAAGGGUGUACCAUAGCUUUAACCUAGCGAAAUCAGUGCGAGUGUGUGGAGAAGAAAGAAAUCCUAGAAAAAAUGAAUAUGUCACGAUUCGCCAAAAGGAUGUGAUAAUAAUGCAGUAGAGUGUCAAAUAUAGCGUGGAGCAGAGAAAAAAGCAAUUCCAGAGAGGAGAACGGAUGAUUCUUCCAAGUGUAAAAAUGCCGUCAAUGAUCGAGUAGCGUGACCAGCAUAAUCAUGUUGAUAUCGUUGGUAAUAAUAAUCCCACUAUUCGCCCCGACCAUAUCCGGCGGCGGCGGUAGUGGCAACAGUGAUGAAAAUGAUUCCGUAAAGAAGACGACUUCGCGCGUUGUGCAUAUUAAGUACGGUUCGGUGUCUGGCACGAUCGAACAUUUGGAGGGUCGGCAUCUGGACCCGGUUGAGGCAUUCCGCGGGAUUCCCUAUGCUUCGCCCCCGGUGGGCACCCUACGUUUCAUGCCACCGGUUACAGGUGCCCUUUGGUCCGGAGUCAAAAAGGCAGACAGAUUCAGCCCCGUCUGCCCACAACGUCUUCCAGACAUUGCCAACGAAACGGCGGCGCUGGAGCGGAUGCCUCGUGGUAGAUUAGAAUAUUUAAAACGACUCUUACCAUACCUGAAAAACCAAUCAGAAGAUUGUCUAUACUUGAAUAUCUACGUCCCAACCCAAGCUGGUUCACGGGAGAGUUCCGGCGCUCAAAAGUAUCCGGUGAUGGUGUUCGUCCACGGGGAAUCGUACGAGUGGAACAGCGGAAAUCCAUACGAUGGAUCCGUACUUGCCAGUUUCGGGCAAAUUUUAGUAGUUACAAUCAAUUACCGAUUAGGGAUAUUAGGAUUUUUAAAUGCCAACAUUGACCGGUUCUCGAAAGCGCCGGCCAACUACGGUCUGAUGGACAUCAUUGCGGCGCUCCAUUGGAUCCAGGAAAACAUCGAAGGCUUCGGGGGCGACCCGAGGAGCGUGACGCUGGCCGGCCACGGGACGGGUGCCGCGUGUGUUCAUUUUCUCAUAGCCUCGGCCGCAGUGCCGGAAGGUCUUCUGUUUCAUCGAGCAAUGCUGAUGUCAGGCUCGGCGCUGGCCCCGUGGUCGCUCGUCGGUGAACCGGCCAAGUUCGCCGCGUAUGUUUCGCACCACGUAAAUUGCUCACCUGAUCUACCUCAUCAGAUGCUGCUCAAGUGUUUGCGAGACAAGCCGCUGUCCGAUAUAAUGUCGACGCCGGUUCGAGCUCCGGACUUUGGAAACGCCUUCGGCCCCAGCGUAGACGGGGUCGUCAUCGACACUGGCGAAAUACAGCAAAUGGAUGGAUCACAUUACAGCGAUUACAGUGUGCCCUCGGCACCGAAGCCAUCAGCUCAUCUGCACAACACGCUCAACACGAUAAACGCAAUUCUUCUGCGAAAAUUAGCUAUUAACAAAUUGUCCAAGUACGACAUGCUGGUGGGAGUUACUAGGGCGGAAGCCUAUUUUGUCUUCAACUCGGAAGACGUUCAGUACGGCAUCGAGGCCGACCGGAGGUCGAAGAUACUGAAGAAUUAUGUCAAGAGUACCUAUAGCUAUCACUUGAAUGAAAUACUGGCAACGAUAGUGAACGAGUACACCGAUUGGGAGCGCCCCAUCCAACAUCCUAUCAAUAUACGGGAUGAAACGCUGGAGGCACUGAGCGAUGCACGCAUUGUUGCACCAGCAGUGCAAACCGUUGAUUUGCAUUCGGCCGACCACCGAAACUCGUUCCUGUACGUUUUCGAUUACCAAACCAAAUUUGGAGAUUUUCCCCAGCGACAAGGCUGCAUCCACGGGGAAGAUCUGCCGUAUCUGUUUGGUGCACCGCUGGUCGGGGGAUUCAACCACUUCACCCGAAACUACACGAAAUCUGAGCUGGCGCUGUCGGAAGCGGUCAUGAUCUACUGGUCCAACUUUAUCCGCACGGGGAACCCGAACGAACAACUUGAGAACGACCAUGUCCGGGAUAGGCAGAGAUUUAAAAACAUCGAAUGGACACCGUACGAGAGUGUCCACAAAAAGUAUCUGAAUCUAGAUACCAAACCGAAGCUGAAAAACCACUACCGAGCACAUCGGUUGUCGUUCUGGCUAAAUCUGGUGCCGGAUUUGCAUAAGCCCGGCGGUGACGAUGUUCCCAGUUCACACCACGAGCUCGAAGAUGAUGAAGAGGAGUCGGUUCCGGUGCCGACAGUAAAACCGCUAAAUCCUCCCCUGCGGGAUCCCUCGAAUGCCAAUUCGAAUUAUUCCUUUUUUACCACACAAGUGUUUUCGCUGUUGAACUUAUCCACUUACGGGAAUAACAAUAGCAGCAACCGUCAGAACGCUCAUAAGCCGAUUCCAGUGACGGCGGAAUCCUCCGAAGGGACAGACGACGACGGUGGCGGUUCAUCCCAGGAGGACGGUUUCGCUGCCUACAGCACUGCCCUGAGCGUGACGAUAGCAAUCGGAUGUAGUUUGCUGAUACUGAACGUGCUGAUUUUCGCUGGUGUUUACUACCAGCGUGACAAAACGAGGUUAAACGAACCGAGAAACAGCACUAAGAAGCGUAACGAAAACGGUCAGAUGCCGAACAAUAUCUGCGGGGAGCUGGAAAGCCUCACCAUUCAUACAAAGAGCGAUCCGUCAACCAUACUAGGCCAUCACCAUGCCUUACAGCAUCACCAGAUGCCACCUCCGGAGUUUGCAGAUCUGCCACAGAGGGCGCCUCCACCUCCCAAGCACAUCAAAUCAGUUCCAGACGGGACAAUUCUCUCGCAACAUGCGCUCCAACUAAUUGGCAGCAAUUGCGGCACCCUGACGAAGAAGAGUUGCGUCAAGUCCAACCUUGCCACCUCUAAUCAAGCCCAGAGCGCGAUGGACGAACUGCGGGUGUGACGUUAAGUAUCCUUUGCCAUCGAGGACCAAUCUCGAUGUGAGCACCAGCACCUGCACCAUCAACAUCAACAUCAUCAUCAUCAUCACCACCACCAUCACCACCAGCAACAGCAACCGCAGGAAUCACCGAGCCACACUUCCGAACGGCAGCAAGAACAACAGCUUUAGUAGCGGCGAGCACCCGAAACGAGAUGCACGACAAUGGCGCCAAUUCGUAACGCUUCCUUGGUUUUCCAAAAGUUUGCUAUGGUCUUCCGUGGGCACUUUUUGGUAGCAAUAUCCGUGCACGCCCCUGGCUAUCUCCACCCCAGAGGCGAAAUUCUUCCAUAAUGGCAGGAAAGACUACACCAGCAGCAGCAACAACAACAACGGUUCGGUAGCCAUCUCAUCGCAACCGCCGCCAUCACACCACCGUUGCCACCUCCAACGCCAUUGCCAUCCGUCGGCGUCGUCAGUAGUGUGUUUUGAUAUUGGUUUGGCUCGUGUUUCCUCUGGCAGCGCGCGUUGCAGCAGAGUUGGUCGGUCGAGCCAGGCCAGGCCAGGCCGGGUGCGGUCGAAGGGUUCUUCAUUGUUAUCGGAGGAAGAAUGAUUGAUGAUGGCAUGUUUUCGGCAGAAGUAUUAUGUACCGUUAUUGUUUGAAUAUAGGACCAAAAGACGUCAUAAAUUUUUAGGAAAAAUAAUAAUAAGAAACAGCUCUCCUGUAUAUAAUGAACUUCUUCUUACGAUGUAAGCGAAAAAAAAUGUGGCGAGAGGAAGGAUGAUAAGAGGAAAAUAUGUUAUUUGAUGAUGUGGUGUAAGUGAAAACAUUUCAACUGUUAUAUUUUUGGACGAAGGUUGAGCAGACGAGUUUUAGUCAAAAAAAUAUUUCUGUGAUGACAAUGACGAGAGAGGGUUAGACGCAGAAAAUCCUCAAAGUGGAUUGUGUUGAGUUUCCGUUUUUUGAUAGCCCACGCUGAAGGAUUAUUUUUUGUAAGCAUUACAUGAUUUAUUUGAUCCGAAACGGUUUUCUAGGAUACUUAGAACUCGGAUGAAACUCGUAUCGUACAAAUUAGGACAUUUUGAUUAGGGUGGAAGAGAAGCGUCAGAAGUUUUUCGCUGAGUUCAAUGGAACAGCGUUCACGCAAAAAAAAAUGAUUGGAAAAUUUUAAUCGUGUUAUGCACAAUAAAACCUAUCAAUCAGGAUUAAGUUUAGUAAGAGAGAAAUCGAUCACGAGGCAAGCGAGAGUUUGUUGAAUUAUUAUUUAUCACAGAUUUUAUAGCAUUUCUUAAGACUGAAACUUUAACGUGGAAAUGAAUAUUUUAAUUAAAAAAGCGAAAAUAAGGGAUAGUUUAAUGUAGUGCAGGCGAAAAAGUGCAAGAAAACUUCAUUAGAAUAAAGCGAGGAAGUGAACACUAGAGAAAAUGAAGAAACUUGCGCUCUUCAUUUGGAUGGAAAAAGUCUCUAUCCUUUUUUAACUAUAAGUAGCUACUAAUAAAAGAAAAGCGGAGAAAAAACUUCUCUCGAAACUUAUUUUUUCCGAUUUCUACCGGGAAGAAAUUCUAGGCAACAAAGAAAGAAGAAUGAAACCUCCAUGUAGUUGAAGCAUGCUCUGCAGGCGAAAUUGGAUUGAUAAAAUCUACUGAACCCAGUCACAAGAAAGAAGCCGACAAAAUCCAGCACAUCCCAGCAGAAUUACAAACACAAGAAACUGAUUCCACAGGAUUAAAACUGGAUGAUAUUAUACCAAGCCCCUGUAUUUGUAUAUAGCACAGUCCCUCUAAUGAGCUAAUUGAAACUAUUAAAAGGCAAAACACAAAUUCACAACAAAAAAAGAAAACACACACUGAGAAGGAAAUCGAAAAAGUUUAAAACACGGAAAACUUCUAGCAUGUAUGAGACUCACACAAAACACAAAUUGACAGAAAGUUAUUUAAAAAAGAAAUAAACGAAGAUGAUGAAAAGUA